UUUCGCGGGCUUUGAUCGUCACGUGGUUUUUUCGCGCGAAAAAGUGACUCUCCGCAGGAAGCAGAAGUUUCUUUACAAGAGGCAGAGAGAGACAGACUGGAACAAUGGCGGAUUCCUCCGAGUCGUACCACAUGGCCACCAGCCCCAGCCGGGCCUCCAGGAGGGGAGACCUGACCUCCAGCCCCGGACGAGACCUGCCGCCCUUCGAGGAUGAGUCGGAGGGGCUGCUGGGGGAUGUAACCCUGCCCGGAGAGGAGGAGGAAGAUGGAGACGGAGAGGAGCUGAUCGGGGAUGGGAUGGAGAGGGAUUACCGUGCUAUCCCGGCGCUGGAUCAGUAUGAAGCAGAGGGUUUGGACCUGGAUGACGAGGAUCUGUCGGAGCUGUCGCCUGGAGCCCGGGCCGCUGCCGAGGAGGCUAUGAGGAGGAGGGACAGGGAGCAGGGCCUCAGCGGACGGCUGAGGAGAGGACUGCUCUACGACAGCGAAGAUGAAGACGACGAGCGCCCGGCGGCUCGGCGAAGGCGAUUGGCCGAGCGGGCGGCAGAGGGCGUUGCAGAUGGAGAAGAAGAGGAAAUGAUCGAGAGCAUCGAGAACUUGGAGGAUAUGAAGGGCCACACGGUGAGGGAGUGGGUGUCCAUGUCAGCUCCCAGGCUGGAGAUCUACAACCGCUUCAAGAACUUCCUGCGGACCCACGUCGACGAAAACGGCCACAACGUCUUCAAGGAGAAGAUCAGCGACAUGUGCAAAGAGAAUAAGGAGAGUCUGGUUGUAAACUAUGAAGACCUCGCAGCCAGAGAGCAUGUUUUGGCCUACUUCCUACCAGAAGCUCCAACUGAGAUGUUGAAGGUUUUCGAUGAAGCAGCUAAAGAAGUCGUGCUGGCCAUGUACCCGAAAUACGACCGCAUUGCCCACGAGAUCCACGUCCGCAUCUGCAACCUGCCGCUGGUGGAGGAGAUCCGCUCCCUCAGGCAGCUCCACCUGAACCAGCUGAUCCGGACCAGCGGCGUGGUGAGCAGCUGCACCGGCGUCCUCCCUCAGCUCGGCAUGGUCAAGUACAACUGUAACAAGUGUAACUUCGUGCUGGGACCCUUCUUCCAGUCGCAGAACCAGGAGGUGAAGCCGGGCUCUUGUCCCGAGUGUCAGUCCAUGGGCCCCUUUGAGAUCAACAUGGAGGAGACUGUGUACCAAAACUACCAGAGAAUCACCAUCCAGGAAAGCCCCGGUAAGGUCGCUGCCGGCCGCCUCCCGCGCUCUAAAGACGCCAUCCUGCUGGCCGACCUGGUGGACAGCUGCAAACCCGGAGACGAGAUUGAAUUGACGGGCAUCUACCACAACAACUACGACGGCUCUCUGAACAUGUCCAACGGCUUCCCAGUGUUUGCCACAGUGAUCAUGGCCAACCACAUCACCCGCAGAGACGAGGGCGUCGCCGUGGCCGAGCUGACGGACGAAGACAUCAAGGCCAUCGUCGCCCUGUCCAAGGACGAACGCAUCGGAGAAAGGAUCUUUGCCAGCAUGGCGCCGUCCAUCUACGGCCACGAGGACAUCAAGAGAGCCCUGGCCCUGUCGCUGUUUGGAGGAGAACCCAAAAAUCCAGGUGGGAAACACAAGGUGCGUGGAGACAUCAAUGUGCUGCUGUGUGGAGACCCGGGAACCGCCAAGUCCCAGUUCCUCAAGUAUGUUGAGAAGGUGUCGAGUCGUGCUGUGUUCACCACGGGCCAGGGGGCCUCGGCCGUCGGGUUGACUGCUUACGUCCAGAGACACCCGGUCACCCGUGAGUGGACGCUGGAGGCCGGCGCACUGGUGCUGGCUGACCGUGGCGUCUGUCUGAUCGAUGAGUUUGAUAAGAUGAAUGAUGCAGACAGGACGAGUAUCCACGAGGCCAUGGAGCAGCAGAGCAUCUCCAUCUCUAAAGCCGGCAUCGUCACCUCGCUGCAGGCCAGGUGCACCGUCAUCGCAGCUUCUAACCCCAUUGGCGGCAGGUACGACCCCUCCCUGACCUUUGCUGACAACGUGGACCUGACGGAGCCCAUCGUGUCUCGUUUCGAUGUGCUGUGUGUCGUCCGAGACACUAUUGACCCUGUACAGGAUGAGAUGUUGGCACGCUUCGUGGUUGGCUCCCACAUCAAACAUCACCCCAGCAACAAGGAAGGGGGCGUGGCCUUAGAAGACGUGAUUCUGCCCAACACGUCUGACGUGCCGACGAUUCCCCAGGAACUCGUGAAGAAGUACAUCAUCUACGCCAAGGAGCGGGUUCAUCCCAAACUGAACCAGAUGGACCAGGACAAGGUGGCUCGCAUCUACAGUGACCUCCGCAAAGAGUCGAUGGCCACAGGCAGCAUCCCCAUCACGGUUCGUCAUAUUGAGUCGAUGAUCCGCAUGGCGGAGGCCCACGCCAAGAUACACCUGAGGGACUAUGUGCUGGAGGAUGACGUCAACAUGGCCAUCAGGGUCAUGCUAGAGAGCUUCAUCGACACGCAGAAGUUCAGCGUCAUGAGGAGCAUGAGGAAGACGUUUUCCCGCUACCUGGCCUUCCGCAGGGACAACAACGAGCUGCUGCUCUUCAUCCUCAAGCAGCUGGUGGCCGAGCAGGUCAGCUAUCAGAGGAACCGAUACGGAGUCCAGAACGACACCAUCGAGAUACCAGAGAAAGACCUGCAUGAGAAGGCGAGACAGAUCAACAUCCACAACCUGACGGCCUUCUACGACAGCGACCUCUUCCGCUCAAACAAGUUCAGCCACGACGGGAAGAAGAAACUGAUCGUGCAGCAGUUCUAAGAGCCUCACCAGCCAUUCCUCCUCCUCCUCCUCCUCAUCUCCCAAUAAUGGCGCUUCAUGAACUCUAUUUCUGGGCCCAAAAAAGUGCUUGGGUUUCAUUGGGUUAUCAUUGUUGGACUCCAGGGUGAAACUAAACUGAUGCCUGGAAGGACAUUUUGUGAAAACAUAGAUGUAAAUAGAAGAUUAUCGGAGUGGGAAACAUACAAAAUUAACUUGGAGCUUUACAUGUUGACCUAAUUUGAAAGAAUUUACAAAGAGGUGGAUGUGAGUAAGGAAGAUCCUUCACAAAAUGGUGAAAUGGCCACUGAUCACGCAGCGUUUCCACUGGAUUCUUUGGGCAUCUGCGGUGACGGGAAGUAAACAGUUUACAGUGGAGAUGCACGUUCAGAAAGUCAAAUUAUCAUUUCAUGUUCACACCUGAUGUUGUGCUGCGCCGCCACAAAUGAAAUGAAGUGUUUGACUCCAAAAUGAGAGCUAAUGUUUGGUAAAACAAGUGUGAUGGGAGUGAGUAAGCUGCAAAAAAGAAAAGAAUAAAAAUAGGGAGUUUAAUACCACAAUUAAAUUACCAAAUCUAACUCUUCAGAUCUUUUGGAAACACUCAGCGGUCACUCUACGCUGUUCUUCCUCCUGUGUUUUCUGUCUCUAUCUGUCCUCAGGUGGGGCUAGUUGUAAAUAAAUGUACAUGUUUAUGUCCGUGUUGUUGAAGAAACAAGAUUUAUUGUUCGCUUAAAUUCCUCUCUUACUGGCUGUUGUCACGAUGGAAGUUAUUUUACAGACUCACUUGUAUUUCUGUCCCGGUGUGUUUUGAGGUUUUUAUGUUCACGUGUAAAGUGAAUGUAGCUGGAAUUUAAGCCUCCAUUACUGUCAGAUAAUUAAUAAACACAAAGUACUUAGAGCUUAAAAUAAACCAACGUUUGAUGUUUGUACUGUUGGAAUUCACUUGAUGAUGGAUUGUAGGUCUGUUUUGAUAUUAAACUUGUAUUUGUUAAACAUG